AUGAAAAUGAUCAUUGUCCUCGCCGCCCUCGUGGCCCUCGUCGCUUCAGCCCCCCAACAUGGCAAAGACGCCACCGUGACUCGUUACGAAUUCGACAAUUUGGGAACAGAUGGAUACAAAUUCGCAGUUGACACCAGUGAUGGAACCAGUCGUCAAGAACAAGCUGAACUUAAGAAUGUUGGAACCGAAAACGAAGCCCUCAGUGUCCGUGGAUCAUACACCUUUGUAGGAGAUGAUGGUCAACAAUACACUGUCAACUUUGUUGCCGAUGAGAACGGUUACCAAGCUGAAGGUGCUCAUUUACCAAGGGCUUAA